AUGGCAAAUUCCAUCGUGGAGGAACUGGAGGAUCUGGGAGAUGGGUUGGUGUCGUUUGAGGACGUAGCCGUGGACUUCACUUGGCAGGAAUGGCAGGAGCUGGAUGCUGCUCAGAGGACCCUGUACAGGGACGUGAUGCUGGAGAACUACAGGAGCCUGGUGUGGUUGGGGCACUGUUUCACCAAACCUGAGUUGAUCUCCAAGUUGGAAGAAGGAUUUGAACCUUGGGGUGUUGCAGAGGCCACAGAGCAGUGCCGACCAGAUGUCCAUAAGUGGAGUGCCCCAGUUGAAAAAAGCCAGCAAAGUCAAGAGAAGUAUUUGAGGCAAGUCAAAAUCACCAAGAGAAAUACAUCAAAUGAAGAUAAGGUUGAAGUAGAAAACACAUACAAUGUGGACUCAAACUGUAUUUCAAAUAUGACUAUGAAGAAUGAAGUCUGUUCUAGAAUGUUCUUUCAGGAGCUUGUUAAUCCGUUGCAAGAUGCACCUUUGCCUACUGAGGCUGGUGAGAAGCAAGGUACAGAAGUACCUCAUGAUCUGAAUGGAACUCAGGAAGCUCUCUCAUAUCCUGACCGUUUUACUCACCACAGCAAGAAUCGGUGCUGUUUUCGGCAUUUUGGACCAGACGAAGCCUUCCACACGAAAGCAAUACCUGAGAUGUUUUAUGUUCAGGAAACCUCUAGGAAGUGCAAUGACUGUGAUAAACCCUUCGAUGAGGUAACACUUCCUGCCCAAUAUAUGACUCAGUUAAGAAAGCAAACUCUGGGAUGGGAUAUAUGUCAUAAAAUGUUCCCUAACAAGAUGGGCCUCAGCAGCCAUGGCGGCGUGCACAUGGGAAAGAACAAUUAUAAACGUGAUUCCGAGAAACCCGUCAUAUACAACUCAUUAUACCUUACAAAACCCCAGGAAGCACAUGCAGGGAGAGAGCCCCAAGCACACGGGGAAAACUUGAAAUUCUUCUGCCUGGAUGCUGAGCUGCAAACAGUUGAUCAAAAACUUCACAGAGAGAAACAAAUUUAUGAAUGUAAAGUAUCUGGGAAAACCUUUUGCCGGGGGUUGGAGCACAUCAGCCAACAGGGAUCACAUGCCUGUGAGAAAGCCUGUGGGAGUAAGGAGAGUAGGGACGCUGGCUAUGGCGAGUCAGCCCUCACCCAACAUCAGAGACUUUAUACAGAAGAGAAAGCCUGUGAGGGCGGAGACUGUAGUAAGGCUUUCCACCCUAAUCCACUGCUGUCUCAAUAUCAGAGCGCUCGUACAGAUGAACAGCAAGGUGACUGCAAAGAAUUAAUGAAAGUUUACUUCUACAUAUCAAGCCUCACUCAGCACCACAGACCUCAGACCCUUGAGAAACCUUACGGAUGUAAUGAAUGUAUGAAGACUUUCUCCCACAAGUCCCAGCUCGCUCGGCAUCAGAGAACUCAUACGGGGGAGAAGCCCCACGAGUGUAAAGAAUGCAGUAAAGCUUUCUGUCACAAGUCACAUCUUACCCGGCAUCAGGGGAUCCAUGCACCUGAAAAACCCUACGAAUGUAAAGAAUGUAAGAAAUCUUUCUACCUGAGGUCACAGCUCACUCAGCAUCAGAGAACACACACGGGGGAGAAGCCCUUUGAGUGCAAAGAAUGCCGGAAAGCCUUCUUCCGUAAUUCACACCUCACUCAACAUCAGAAAAUUCAUACAGGCGAGAAGCCACAUAAGUGUAAAGAAUGUGGGAAUGCAUUUGCCCGCAAGUCACACCUCACUCAACAUCAGAAAACCCACACAGGUGAGAGGCCCUAUGAAUGUAAGGAGUGUGGGAAAGCCUUCUCUCGUAAGUCGCAACUGAUGCAGCACGAGACAACUCACACCGGUGAGAGAGCCUAUGAGUGCAAAGAAUGUAGGAAGACUUUUUAUCUCAAGGCGUAUCUCACCCGACACCAGGUGAUCCAUAAAUCUGAAAAGCCGUUUGAAUGUAAGAAAUGCGGGAAAGCUUUCUCCCGAAAGUCAUACCUUGCACGACAUCAGAAGACACACAAAGGCGAAAAACCCUGUCUGGGUGAGAAACUGUAGGGACGUAAAUUAUGAAGAAGGUUCUUAAGCUAGUUGGAUUUAAGAGAGAGCUUACGCAGGUGAGAAGCCCCGCGCAUGCGCAUGUAGGAAAAUGUGCUACUGUUACAUCUCAGCCUACAUCUGAAAACCCAUGCCAGUAAUAAACUCUACAAACGGAAAAGUAUGAAAGAAAGUGUUUCGCAGGAGUCAUGCCUCACUAUAGGUCAGACAGCUUAUACCAGUGAGAAGCUGCAGGAAGUGUAGGGAUGCUAGGUUUAAGUUACACCUCAUCACACGUUAGUGAAUUCAUACAAGUGAGAAACUCUGUGACUGUAGGAUGUAGCAGAGCUGUAACACAACAGGGGUGAUGUAUCCAGACACAACAGGGGUGAUGUAUCCAGACACAACAGGGGUGAUGUAUCCAGACACAACAGGGGUGAUGUAUCCAGAUACAACAAGGGAUGAUGUAUCCAGACACAACAGGGGUGAUGUAUCCAGACACAACAG